AUUUCUAUGAUAAGCGGUUUGCAGCCCCAUCUCCAGGUCUCAUCAACUGUUCCUGGUACUCAAACCAGGCUUGCUGCAAGCGCACAGAGGUGACAUCAGUGUUCUCCAGCAUGUAUCCCCUUCAUCAGGCCCCCAAGAUAUGCCGCUUCCAGAUGAACUAUCUAAUGUGCUACUUCUGUAGCCCAGACCAGUACCUCUUUUACAGGGACAAGUUGAUGGUGUGUUCUGAGUACUGUGAUUCACUGUAUGAAGACUGCAAGACAGCCUCCUUUGAAGGGGACACUAUCGGCUACAAGUAUCAAAAUGGAACAGCUUUCUGUGAAGCCCAAAACUUCCAAGUGGUUGAAGGCACCAACUGCUUCGAGUAUGACCCCACUGUGUUUGACAUCGCGACAAGGAUGUCACAGUCGUCUAUUGUUACGGUCUCUCUCGUCUUCAUCGUUCACUUCCUCUUCCACAGUUUCAAGAGACUGCUAUGA